AUGGCACAGGUAAAGGUUUUAAUAACUGGAGCGUCAGGAUAUAUCGGCGGUACUGUGCUACAGACAUUAGUCAAGGACUUUGGAAGCGAAAUCUCACUUUCUGCGCUUGUCCGGUCUGCAGCGAAUGAUGAUGCGCUUAAAGAAAAGGGUGUUAAUCCAGUUUAUUACGACGGUUUCCAUGAUGUCGAAACAAUAAAGAAGGUCGCAUCAGAGCAUCAAGUCGUUGUCAGCUGCGCGAGUUCUCUCGAUGUGCCGUCCUGCUUGGCUUUGGUUGAAGGACUAGGGAUCAGAAAACAGGCUACAGCGCAAGAUGUAUUCUACAUCCACACCUCUGGUACAUCGAAUUUUGGAGAUCAACCCAUCACAAAGGUUGAGCUCAAGAACGUGACCGUCAGAACCGAUAAGGAUGACAUCUACGCAUGGGAGAAGGAACACGCCGACACCUGGCCUUCUAGAAAGGUUGAUGUUACAGUUAUCGAAGCUGGAGAAAGGCUCGGUGUUAAGACUAUUAUUACAAACCCGCCACUGAUUUAUGGCCGGGGAAAUGGAAUAGGCAACCAAAUUUCCAUUCAAAUCCCUCCGCUUGUCGAAAUUUCCUUGAAGAAGAAGCAAGCUAUUGUGUUAGGGAAGGGUGAAGGUCUUUGGACAGUCACUCAUGUCAACGACGUCGCUGCAUUUUACUCAGUUGCUUUAAGGAGAUAUCUCGACGGAAAACCUAUUGACACUGGGAAAAACGGCUACUAUUUUCUUGAAAAUGGCGAGGUCUCGUGGCUGGACAUUGCUAAGCAAAUAGGCAAGAUUGGGUAUUCCAAAGGCCUGUUUCCCUCGGAAGAGCCGAGAGAGAUUAGUUUCGCCGACUUUUCAGAGGCACUCUCAAUUCCCCAUUUGAAAGACCACGACAUGAUUGAGGUAGUGUGGGGAUCCAAUGCUCGAAUCUCAUCUGUUAAAAGCCGGGAGAUUGGAUGGCAACCUCAGUAUGGCCUCGCAGACUUUUUCAAAUCCAUCGAAGAAGAGUUUUAG